AUGGAGAAUCCACAUGAGCAAGUGCAAAACGCUUUGCACGCCCGAAUUAUCAAUAAUAUGGAACGCAUGAAUGAAUCCAUUGUCAUCAUUAACAAGGCUCUAGAAGAGAUCAACAAGAGCAAUUUGGAUAUCGAGCUAUUAGCCCAAAUGUGGGAAAGUUACAUCAAGAAUUCAAACUAUCUAUUGGAAGCAACGUCAUCUCUAGAAAAUCCUGUAUAA